UUGUGGUUGACCUAUUUCUGCUUAUUUUAAUUUCUAUUUUAGGUGGCAGUUAAGGAUGUUUUUAUUUUCUUGUUUUUAUGUUAUGUGCUGAAUAUUUGAUACUGGUGUGUAUAAUUUUCAAUAUUUUUCCUGCUAGGUAGUUAGGUAGGUGUAUACUCUGAAAAAUGGUCCAAAACAAGACAAAUUUUGAUUUACACUUUCUGGAGGCUCCUGUUCAAUUGAACUAGCAGGUACCUCCGGCGGCCGAUCGGCCGACGCUCGGCGCCAUGCCGUCUGAUUUGUGGGAGGAUGCUGAGCCGCCGCCGAGAACCGUCUAUCGGCUGCCGCUGGUGUGUCGACGCGGUCGGCCCACGGCGCUAGAACACUUGCCCCAGAGGAGCCUUGUGACGUUCGUCACGUUCCUGCUGUCCAGCCUGAAAAUGGCCGACGAUCAGACUACGGCUGCCGUGCGACAGAUGGCUCAGAUGUGGCCAGAUAUCUUCAGCGGAGUGGCAACCGACCCAAGCAUCAGUGGAGCAGCGGCAAACGGACACACGCUCGACAAGAGUCGGCCGGGUCGGCUGCGGCGACUGGUGCGCUGCUGGUACCGGCUGCUCGGCUGCGAGCUGCUGCUGUCGUUCAGCGCUGUGCUCGAGCGUGAGGACCACCGCGGCCGGCUGCGGCUGCAGCGGAACGGCGACGGCACCAGUUCGCUGUACGAGCGCUGCUCGGAACGGCUGGUGGUCACCUACCGCGACUGCAGCCCGCAGUACGAUGGCAGCCCGGCUGCAGAGGAGUCGCCCCCGCCCCCGCCCGAGCCCUCGCCGCCCAAGUCAGCCGCCGCCGCCAGCGUUCAGGAGUCGCCGCCGGACUGCGAGGGUUGCGGAGCCCAGUUCGUCACACUGGCCGCCGCGAUGGCUCACGAGCGGCUCUGUGACGGCGUUGGCUCCGACUGCGAGUCGAUUCUCUCGGAGCCGACGGCGCGCACAGUGUCACAGGCGCGGUUCCUGAGCUACUUGGGCGUGGUGCCGGCGGCCGGCAGUCAGAACCAGCCGUACCAGUCUCGGUCGGUGGAGCGGCGGCGCGCGCGGCGCCGGCAGCGCUGCUGGCCCACGGCCGAGCUGCUGCUGCGACUCAGCCGCACCGAGUUCAGCUCGCCGCUGGGCCGGCGCAUGCUGACGCAGGCGGUGCGGCUGCCGACGGGCGCCGAGGAGGCCAGCAGCUGGUCGGCCGCCCGACAGGACCGGCACUGCUGCACCCGCGCCCAGCUCAGGGUGCCGACGGAUGAGUUUCCGGUGACGUGGAGCGCGCCGGCGUCCCAGUCCCGACUCCAGCCGCGCGUCUACUGUUUCACGGCCAGACAGCGGGCCGAGCGGGCGGCCGCCAUCGAAGCAGGUCUGUCGGCGCGAGCCAAGGCUCGCUAUUACGGAGUCCGGCCGUGUUCGGUGGUGCUGACCCGGCUGAAGACGGUGAACGGAGCGGUGCGGACCGCGCAGCGCCGGCAGCACCACCCUCCAGAUGCGGCCCGGGUGCUGCUGGUGCGUCUGUCAGAGGCCGAGCUGGCCACCCACCUGUCCGGCACCGCCAGCCCCCCUACCACGCCGCCCGACCGGCCGGCCGGCCCGGUCGGCUGGUCGGGCGGCGCGACCCGCCUCCACGAGCGCCAGGGACUGCUGCGCGACGAGUGCAAGACGCUCCGUGACGCGCACUUUUUCCACCUGCUCGACUGUGCCGAGCGUGUGACGCGCGGCGACCGGUGGGUGUCGCGGCUGAACGGACGGCCGCCGGGGGCCGGCGGCGCGUGCCGGCCGCGCUCCCAGUCGGAGGGAGACGCCCUGGAGGGGGGUUCUGCGGCCACCCCGACCGGCCACCGACGGAUGAGUCUGCUGGGGUCGGUGCAGGAUCGCCUUCACGGAGCGGCCCGAGCACGCGCCAGGGCCGCCUCGCUCUCCGUCCGGCCGCAGCAGGAGCCAAAGGAUCCCGCUGAGGUGUUGAACGGUGUGAGGUCGGAGGAGCGCGCCGACUGGAGUGACUCCUCCCGCGAUACGCCACCGCGGCCCGAGUGUAGUCCCACGGAGCGGGACCGGGUGCGCCGGCUGCCGCACGCCGUCGGAGAUCUGAUGAAGGACGAGUGCAAGACGCUGCGGGACCGCCAGUUCGUGCGGCUGCUCAACAGCCCGCGGCGCACCACGCGCAGCGCGGCGACGGAGCGGCCGGCCGUCGAGCGGCGCCGCUGGCCGGUCAGCGUGUGGCUGCACUGGCCCGGCUUCGCGCGCGAGCCGGACCACCAGACGCCGGUGAAGCACGCGCGCGCCGCCGGCGAGCCGCGCCGCCACCGCGUGCCCGUGGUGCGCCUGGAGCGGCUGUUCCACCGGCUGGAGCGGCCGGCCGCCGGCGCGGACGGAGAUGGCACGGCCGGCAGCCGGCGCCGACUCGCCCUGGACACGCCCGACGCCGGGCUGGCGGCCCGCUUCGUGUCCCGCUGCAAACAGAAACUGCUGGACGCGUCACCGGUGGUCGCGAAACAUUCCGAAUCUCCGCCGUCAUCGCCUUCUCCAAAGAUGGCGCGUUUGUCGGCUGGGCUCAUAACCAAGGCAUCGCGCACUGUCAAGCCUGCAGACCCUUGCUGGUGUGUGGGCCGUCCGAAGCGUUCGCCGAGCCGUCCAGUCAAGACGUUCUCAGAGUCCAUGCUCACUUACGGACUGAAACUAGACGAUCUGCUUUUGAAUGGCGUCUGUAACAACAACAUCCAAAGCAGUCCCAAGGGUCCGUCACCCGAGAAGCGAACACCGCUCCGUCCGAGGAAGGCUCGGUCGGCGCUGUGUCUAGGCUGCCGGCGGUGGCCUUCGCGCGCCUCCCUGGAGCCGAGUCCCAGCCAGCCGGUGCGCACCCGGACCCGGUUCCGCCGCCGUACCCGGUCGAGUGGUGGGCUGCCCGUGUCCGUCUCUCGUUUCUGAGCGGCCGGGCUGGCGGACGGCCGGCCGUGCUGGGACGGUGAGUGAUGAGAUCGUCUAUGAUCUUAACACCCACGUCUGUGAUCUGAAUCGGCCGCCUCCGCGCCCCGGCGGUGGGUGGCCCAGGCGUCCGGUGGGCUCUUUUCCUAGCUUGCUGUCGCCUCCGUCCGCCCAGCAGUAGAUCAACAGAUCACAAUGCAGAGGACGGUCUAUAUGAAUUAAUUGUUAGCAAUCAUAGAACAGAAUGUCUGAGUUUGGGGAGUAUUAGGGAAUGUGUAUUAUUGCUUGUCUAGAAGUGAGAAUUAAUGAGCACCAUGACAGAAAGUCAGAAGAAGCAAGGUGUCAUUUUUGCGGAAGCCUGGUGUAUCGUUUGUGUAGGAAGUGUAUCUAGGUUAGGUGCGAAGUACAGAUAUGUAGACACGCUGUGCAACAGGUGACAAAAGCGGAACGCAUUGUUCUGGCCUUGAAACGAACUACUUAUGAGUCUUCCAGUAUGCUCACUCAAAGACGAGAACAACUUUGACGUAUCAUGUCAUUCUACUUAUUUGUUCGUUGGCUUUUGUCGGCUCUCGUUCGCAUAAGAACCAGCACGGAUUCCGUCGGAGGGCAUGGCCCACGCUAAUUGUACCUUGACAUAAUGAUAUUGGUAAUCGUGUUGAACUGCUUGAUCUGAAGCAUGCUUGGUUAUUUAAUGUGUGCCAAUGAGUGCGCUCUCUAACAAGUGCUUUGUUGUUGAUGCUGUUGGUAUAGUUAGUUAGGUUUGUUGCAUCUUAUUGCGAAUGAACGCUUAAUAUCAGCUGGUGCAAAUUUUAUUUUAUGCUGCGAAUCGCGUAUUGUUUUCUGCGGCGCAAAGGCAAAAACGAUUACCGGGUGACCUCUGGCGUGACGUAAUGACCUCUGACCUGACGUAAUCGUUUUUGCCUUUGCAUGGCAGCCUUGUAUUCAGUGGACGGACUUGCUAAUGAAAUCGCAGCGCUUGUUAUUUAUAUUGUCAAACAGUGUAAUAAUAUGUUGCAUUUGUAAAUUUAAUGUAAAAGUGUUGAUGCGUAUAUGCAUCGAUUUCGAUAGUAGGAGGAACGCAUGUUGAACAGAUAAAACAUUGUUGCUAA